UAACCGGAAGCGGAAGUAGCAGGGAGCGGUUGACCUUAUGUCUAUGGUGGUUGACAGCUUCUAGUCAUUUGAGGAGCCUAGCUAGCAAAACAAUACAAUAUUCGCAGAGAUGGAGCUUUGCGAAAUAUUAUACAACAAGGCGGAAUACAUCGAAACGGCAUCGGGCAAUAAAGUCAGCAGACAGUCGGUUUUAUGCGGCAGUCAAAACAUUGUACUAAACGGAAAAACUAUUGUGAUGAAUGACUGUAUCAUCAGAGGAGAUCUUGCUAAUGUCAGAGUUGGGCGACAUUGUGUCAUUAAAAGUCGUAGCGUAAUCCGACCACCGUUCAAGAAAUUCAGCAAAGGGGUGGCUUUCUUCCCUCUACAUAUUGGAGAUCAUGUGUUCAUAGAAGAGGACUGUGUUGUCAAUGCUGCACAGAUAGGAUCAUACGUCCACAUCGGCAAGAACUGUGUGAUUGGUCGACGCUGCGUCUUGAAGGACUGUUGUAAGAUAUUGGAUAAUACUGUCCUUCCCCCAGAGACAGUGGUUCCACCAUUCACAGUGUUCUCUGGUUGUCCAGGUUUGUUUUCAGGAGAGCUCCCUGAAUGUACACAGGAACUGAUGAUCGAUGUUACCAAGAGUUACUACCAGAAGUUCCUCCCUCUCAGUCAAAUUUAGAACUAAAGUUGAGUUUUGUUCUCUCGGGACCAAAGGCACUAAUGGACUGUCCCCCCCCAUCCUGUGCUCUACAACAAGAACAUUCAUACCAUAAUUUCUGUUCUAAUGCACAGUUGUACUUAUCUGCAGUAAAAAUCCCUAUCUAUCAUGGUUAUGCUAACAGAGAAUAUAAGCAAGCAGUAUUUAAAUUAGACGCACCAUAUCUUGCAUUACCUGCAUUUCUCAGCAUGUGUAGAUCUGUGUUAAAUGGAUCUCAUCUCAUGCCGAGGCACACGGCAGGCAUGGAUGCCUGGAAAAAUAUCACAAGACCAAGAUCAGCUGAUAGACUGAAUGGCCUUUAUUUAUUACAAUGCUUAGCUUUACCAUCCCUGUGACACUAAAUGUUUUCUGUGUGCAAAAACACUAGUUGUUAAUAAAUGUUUUUUUUUUUAGGUAUAUACUGAUUCAUUACAAGUGACUACAGCAGUAUUUUGAAGGCUUUUUUGAAAUAACAUUUCAUGCAACAAAAAUACUGUGUAGGCAUAGAUACACUUUAGUAUCCAAAGCUGCAUUUUCGACACACUUUAGUAUCCAAAGCGGAAUUUUCUCAUUUUUGUGAGGUAGGGAUUGUUUAUACCGCUGUUUUUUGUAGAUGCAAAGAAUGUUCUAAAAACAUGCUGCAUAAAGUUUAGCUAUAGGAAUAAGCACCACCCUUCCACUUAAAUGAAAGGGAAAAAAUGAUUUUAAAUUAUUGUAGGCACAAACAAAGUGCAAA